AUGACUAGACCUCGGCUUGGACCGGCUGGGCUCGGACAGCUCCUCCUGCUGUGGCUGCUGCUGCCCCCGGUGCCCGUUGCCACGGUGGAGUGGACUGCGGGGAAAACGCAGGACGGGGGAGACCGAAGAGAGGAAGGGGAGGGAGGAAAGGUGGAGAGAGACGCAGGGGAGAGACUGGGAUUUGAGAUCGAAGCCCCGGGAGGGAAGGAGGCGAGGGUCCCGUCGCCGCCCAGAAGGAAGCAUUUCUUCGCAGGGACCAGAAGCGCCGGCUGGCGCAGGAGCAACUACAACUUCAUCGCCGAGGUGGUUGAGAAGGUGGCGCCGUCUGUGGUUCACUUGCAGCUGUUCCGCAGGUCACCUCUCGGCAGCGAGGAUAUUCCUGCGUCCAGUGGCUCUGGGUUCCUAGUGUCUGAGGAUGGGCUCAUUGUUACCAAUGCCCAUGUCCUCACCAACCAGCAGCGAAUCCAGGCAGAGCUCCAGAGUGGGGUCCAGUAUGAAGCCACUGUCAAGGAUAUUGACCAUAAAUUGGAUCUUGCGCUGAUUAAGAUUGAGCCAAACACUGACCUUCCUGUCUUGCUGCUGGGAAGGUCAUCUGACCUGCGGGCUGGAGAGUUCGUGGUGGCCUUGGGCAGCCCAUUUUCUCUGCAGAACACAGUGACAGCAGGGAUUGUCAGCACUACACAGCGAGGGGGCAAAGAACUGGGGCUGAAGGAUUCAGACAUGGACUAUAUCCAGACUGAUGCCAUCAUUAAUCACGGGAAUUCUGGGGGGCCUCUGGUGAACUUGGAUGGUGAUGUGAUUGGCAUAAAUACACUGAAGGUGACGGCGGGAAUCUCCUUUGCAAUUCCCUCAGAUCGAAUUCGACAGUUCUUGGCGGAAUUCCACGAGCGCCAGUUGAAAGGAAGGGCUCUUUCACAGAGGAAAUAUCUGGGUCUGCGAAUGUUGCCCCUCACUAUGAACCUUCUUCAAGAAAUGAAAAGGCAAGAUCCAGAUUUCCCUGUUGUGAGUUCUGGGGUUUUUGUAUAUGAGGUGAUUCAAGGAACAGCUGCUGAAAGCUCUGGGUUGAGAGACCACGAUGUAAUUGUCAGCAUAAAUGGGCAACCUGUUACCACCACAACCGAUGUUACUGAAGCUGUUAAGGACAAUGAUUCCCUUUCCAUUGUGGUUCGUCGGGGAAGUCAAACUUUGAUCCUGACAAUCACACCUGAAAUAAUGGAUUAAGUAUCUUGCUUUAAAGAAAAUUAUCUAACAAAACCAAAGCUAUAUUACCUGGUUUGUAUUGAAGAUGUGCCAAAGAUGGCUAGGAGUUUUAGGAUCUCUUUCUUAUA